UUGAGGGGCCGGGAAGGGGCCGCGCGCGCCCACCCAGCGUGAGGACAGAGCCGAGAGCGGCGUCGGGACCCCGCGGGACUUUGAGGCUGCGGCCAAUCAAGUGCGAGGGGUGAGCGGGGCCGGCCAAUCGGCGCGAGGAACCUCGCCAGCCGGCCAAUCAGCGGCAGCGUGCGGGAUCCUCCCACUAGCCCAGGAGUCGAGGCGCCCGGCGCCGCAGCCAAUCAGCGCCCAGGAGUCGCGCGCCGCGUCAGGGAGGGGACUCGGGGAUGUCCUACAAGCCCAUCGCGCCCGCCCCCGCCAGCUCCGGAGCAGCCGCCACCAGCAGCAGCGCCAGCCCCGCCCCCGGGGCCCCGCCCGCCGCCACGAGUGUCCCGUCGCCAUCCGGAUCUGUCCCUGGAGCCUCUGCCCCCUUCCGGCCCCUCUUCAACGACUUUGGCCCUCCGUCCAUGGGCUACGUGCAGGCCAUGAAGCCACCAGGUUCCCAGGGCUCCCAGAGCACGUACACUGACCUACUCUCAGUCAUUGAGGAGAUGGGCAAAGAGAUUCGACCCACCUAUGCAGGUAGCAAGAGUGCCAUGGAGCGGCUGAAACGAGGCAUUAUCCACGCCCGGGCGCUGGUGAGAGAGUGUCUGGCAGAGACAGAGCGCAAUGCCCGUACGUAACAGCUGCUGCCCUGCCCCAUGGACCUUCCCACCAAUGAGCAUCUGAGAACCUGGAGAUCUGCCCUCCCACGGACCUUCCCACCCGAGACCCGGCUCUGCCAUACCCCCACACAGACCUUUCAGCAUUCGGCAGCUGAGGCUCUGGAGCGGGUCCUGCUGGAGUGCAGCUGUCGCUGGCAGUCAGCGCUGGGGAAGCUGGUGCUUGGGCCAUGCUGCAGGGAUCUCCAGGGAGAGGAGCCAGUGGCUUUUCUCGCAUCUUUAUAACGUGUUUGUUUUUAUAACUCAAUAAAAGAAAGCAUUGGGAUUCUGA